AUGGGUCUAAUUCCUCGGUUGGAGAAUUUAUUGGAUCAUGCUCUGCUCCUAGCAUAUCCAUUUUGUCUUCUUCCCAUCUUUCUACUGCUAUGGACCAGAGGUAAACAUCAGAAACAAUUACGAACCGCCCUUCGAGGCUGCAUGAAGCUGGGUCUCCAUGGCUCCAGCAAUCUCUCAGACGAGUACCAUCCAAAGUACACCAAAUCCAACCCUCACCCCUUAGACGGCACAUCCACCGAACCGUGGCAAAUCAAAGCUCUCUUCGUCUACCCAGUCAAAUCCUGCGCCCCGGUGGAGCUUGACACCGCUGACAUCUCCUCCACCGGCUUGACCUGGGACCGUCAAUUCUGUUUCGCAGAAUAUACUGUUCCCACCCUCUUCCCAACGGGGACUCCGGAUUCAGAAAAGAAAAAGCCACGCUGGACUUUCCGCACCCUUCGAAAACCCGGGUACGAGAGACUGGUCCACGUCCGCCCUGAAAUAUGGGUCCCGGAUCCCCAAUAUGCCCGGAUGAAUAAUAUCAGCGAUCCUAAUCUCGCCGGCGUCCUCGUAAUCAACUACCCAAAUAUACCGCGUGGCACACUGCCCACACGUCUUCUCUACCAGACAGGCCAAUUGCUGCACCUGAUCCCCCAAGAAUCCUCUCCACCUCCUGAACCUGGCCUCUGUGCGCGACGUCGCCGGGCGGGUGAAAUCCAGCAUCCCGCAUUUCUCGGCGCGGCGUUUCCGGCCCAACAUCCUCAUCACCGGGCCGGCAGCCUACGACGAAGACAACUGGAAAGGCGUGCGUGUGCAUCAUCAGUCCCAAACAACUCCACCAUCAGCACCACCCCCAAAAUCGAACCCAAAAACCGAAGAACAAGUAGUAGUAGUAGCAGCAGCAGAGCAGCAGCAGCAGCAGCAGUAAAGCCAUCAGACCCCCAACCAGUCGACUUCCACACCGCGUGCCACACGCUGCGCUGCCGCCUCCCCAACGUCGACCCGCUCACCGGCAUCCGCCACCCCGCGGAACCAGACCGCACGCUCAAAUCCUUCCGCUGCAUCGAUCGCGGCGAUGAGCGCAACGCCGCCUUGGGCCUGCAGCUGGUCCCUGCGCGGCCCGGCAGUCAGGAUGGGCGCGACGGAGAGGAGGGAAAGGCCAGGAUGAAAAUAGGCGUCGGCGAUGAGAUUGAGGUGUUGGAUAGGGGUGAGUUGGUCUAUGUUAAGUAUUGA